AUGUCGAACACAUUAUCAUUCCACCACAUCGCCCUCUCCCCCCUCCUCCAAGGCCUCCGCGCCGCCCACCACUUCCUGCAAAAGGCGCAGACGCACUGCCAGGCCCAGUCCGACGAACCCUCAACCUACCUCAAUGCCUCGCUGCAUCCCGAAAUGAAAGACCUCAUCUACCAAGUCCAACGUUUCACCGACGCCGCCAAGUUCGUGCCGUGUCGCGUCAACCCGGACAUCGAGGGUAUCUCGCUGCCGGACACGGAGACGAACUUUGAAGAGCUGUUUGCGAGGGUGCAGAAGGUUAUUGGGUAUCUGGAAAAGGUAGAUGAGAGGCAGUUUGAGGGGAAGGAAGGGGAGGAGGUGGUUGUUCAGCUUGGGAAGAGGGAGUGGAGGGGCAAGAAGGGGGAGUAUGUGUUGCAGUUCGCGCAGCCAAACUUUUGGUUCCAUGUCACGACUACGUAUGCUAUCCUCAGGAUGAAGGGCGUGGAUGUCGGCAAGCUGGAUUUCUUGACUGCGGGAAAGCCUCUAGGUGUAGAGAAGAAAGAGGAGUGA